AUGUGGAAUUAUCUUCGUUCGUAUGUUAUUUGGCUACAUGAACCAAAACAUGUUGCUAAAUUUCAACAAUAUUUUGGUGUAUUACCAAAAUCUAAUCCUAUAUCGACAACCUAUGAUGAAAAUAAUUUCAAUAAAAAUAAUAAUAAUAAUAAUAAUUUAAUAAAUGGUGAUGAUGAUAAAACAUUUUUACUUGAUGAAGUUUACAAUCGAGAUCUUCAAGGAAAAAUAAAUUAUGAUUCAAAUGUUUUGGAUGAAUGUAUUGAAGAAAUUAAACAUAGUACAAAUAAAAAUGAAAAUAAAGAAAAAACUUCUUUACAACUUGAUUAUAAAAUUAUAUCAUGGUUUUGGUAUUAUUUUUUUCAAUUUGGUGCAGCACUUGGUAAUGAAAUUUUUUAUAUUUUAUUUUUUCCAACAUGGAUAUGGAAUGUUGAUGGUGCUGUAGCAAGAAAAGUUUCAAUUCUUUGGGCUUUUUUUAUGUAUAUUGGACAAGCAACAAAAGAUAUUUUAGCAAUACCAAGACCACCAUCACCACCGGUAUUAAAAUUAGAAAAACGCUAUGUUGAAGAAUAUGGUUUUCCUUCUACACAUGCGAUGUUUGCAGCUGGUAUUCCAUUAUCACUUGUUCUUCUUUCAAUUCAACGAUAUGAUUUUAACAUGUGGCUUGGAUUAAGUGCUGCAGCAAUUGCAUGUGUUUGGGUGUGUCUUAGUCGGAUUUAUCUUGGUAUGCAUACAUUCCUUGAUAUCAUUGCUGGUACAUUGUAUGCUUUAUUAUUAAUUUAUAUAAUGUUUCCAUAUGUGGAUAGUAUUGAUAAUUUUCAAUUAAAUUAUUCAUUUGCUCCAAUACUUAAUUUUUGUAUUGGAAUACUUUUAAUUAAAUGUUAUCCUAGUUUAAAACAAUGGUCAACAGCUCGUUCAGAUACAACAGUUAUAUUAGGCAGUGCAUUUGGUUUGUGUUCAGCAACAACAGCAAUGCAUCAAAUUGGUCUUUUAGAAAAGCCAUUAACACCACCACUUUAUGCUAUCAUAGCUCCAAAUUUAGGUUUAUGUAUUGUACGUACAAUAAUUGGUAUGAUAUUUAUUUAUGCUACACGACAAAUUGUUAAAACAAUUGUUUUGCGUGUAACAUGUUCAAUUUAUGGACUUGAUUGGAAAAAUCCUGAAUCAAAACGUUUAGCAAAAGUUGAAAUGCCCUAUUAUUAUUUAACUUAUUUUGCUAUUGGAUUUAAUAUAUCUUUUACAUGUCCGUUAUUUUUUCGGGCAUUAGGAAUUAAUCGAGAUUACAGUUAUACAGAACUAUAA